AGACUAUGAACGCCUUCUGGUUGAUGGCGUUUCUCUCAUUAACUUCAAUACACAAAGUGCAUACUCAAACCGCCAACAUUAUAGAAAUCCAAAUACCGACGAAUGCCCCACAAUCCUCAACAAGUUGUUCGACAGCAACAUGGCUAGUGUGGUCAGAUUGGUCAACUUGCUCAGAUGAAUGUGGAUCGUGUGGAGUACAAAUGAGAACUCGUACAUGUUUGACAACAGACUCAACUUGCACUUGUUCAGGAUCUUCCACUGGCGUUCAAUACUGUAACCUGGACAUCUGCAGGUAUCCACGUACAACAUGUUGCAAUAAUUUCCGAGUAACAUCGUAUCUUGGAAGAUUUGCAUGUCUUAAUGCCACUGCUUUAGAAGGAUGAAAACUUUUCUUUUUUUUGAGGGAAUGGGAUGUCUCAUAAAUGUUUCGAUUGUU